CUGGUCACAGCUUGAAGUGGCAUUAUUGAAUCCAGAGCUGCCUCCAGUGCUAUGUGACAUUAUGCCUGUCAGUUUCUUCCUGUCCAUGAUCAAAUGCCAAACAAGAUCUUCUCCAUGGGAAGGACUUUACCAUCUCCAGCUGAGUUUGAAUGGACAGAGUAUCAGCAGCAUAGAUGAAUUACAUGAAGAGAACUAUACAUUCCAGUUCUCCAUGGCAGAGACACCUGUGGUGUUUCACGUGAACCCCCCAUAUGGAGUCCCAGGAAAUGUAAUACAAAUUCAUGGUCUGAUUCUGGCCCAAGAUUAUGAAACAUACAAUUUCAACGUAGACUUUAUUGAUGGGUAAACGGUG